AGGGAUGGAGAUGCUUUGGUCUGUUACUGUUCACUGGGGUCUAUUACUGUUCACUUGAGUGGAUAAAUGCGCUGGGUGCUGGCACAAAGUCCUUAGGGGUGGACUUGCUCUAAAUUAAAUGCAACCUAAGGCUAGUACACUCUUACCAGCUCAAAUUUGGUGCCUUCUCUGGUCGUUUCUUGAAAAUUUUCCUUCUUUUUUGUCUGAUCGAUUCUUGCAUUUCGAGCCACCCCAUUUUGUUUUCAAACUGUUAAAUCGUUUCUGAUUUUUUUAAACUGUCAAAACUAAUAAGAAUUCUUAAACCCCCAAUCAAGCUGUGGAGCUAAUAUCCGGAUCCAGUCGUUCCCGAACCUCAAUAGAAUUAGGGAGGGAUGAGGUAAGGAUGUCCUUUAAGAUUACUUUGUCCCAAAUAGUAUAUUACCUGUUGCUAAUUUUAGACGUCAUUUUAGAAUGCAACACAUUUGUUCAACAAAAUCAUAAUUGUUAUUUGCAAUCAUGAUUGAUACUUUGUGCAAAAAUAUGAUGCUUUUAAUGUUAAGGUCACAUUCCUGAGCAAAAAAUUACUCAUGCCUUAUGGAUCAUAUUAUAGUAAUAUGAUGCUUUUAAUGUUAAGGAUCCUCUCCGAUCCUUUUGGUGAGAAUUAUGAAAAUUCGUAAAUGCUGUUUGUGUUCAUUUUGAUCAUGAACAACAUCCUGAUUUCAUGAGAGAUUUAGAGAAUUUAGCCAAAAAAUUAUGAUAAAUGCAUGCUUACGUCUAUAUGUGUCUGCAAGUUAUCUCGAAAGCAUGAAUUGCAUGACUUGUGUGAUUUGUCUUAUGGAUAAAUUUUUUAAUUUCAAAGAUCAAUAAUAAAUAUUUAUGUCCUAUACUUAUCGCAAGUCAUAGGCAUAGAAAUGAAAUAUAAUGGUUGCCUGGAAAUUCAUUCCCAUUCGACCAAAGUGUGCGUGAUAUAUAAAUAUAUACAUAUAUAUACACACACACAUUAUAUAUAUGUGGAUUGAUUUAUUCAUAUGAGUAUGCUACAUCUCAUUCACUGGGCAUAUUUUUCUGCUAUUAAAGUUUUCGUAUCUUCUUGAGUAUUGGUAAGGAUUGCAAUCCUUAAUUAAGUUGAAUACGUAAGAACGAGUUAACUACUUCGGAAAUGCACAUAAUGUAGUUGGGCAGAAUCAAUAACUGCUUAUGGGUUUAUGAGUUUGGUUCUGCAGAGUUGCACAAAAAAUGAGUGGCAUUUUAAAUUGAGAAAGUAAAUCUAUGUGGGGAUUUAAGUACUUGGUGAUCUAGUGGGGGCUAUUUUGGAAUUCUCAAGUCAGGUUUUCACUACUUGGACAUGAGAAGCUCCUGGUUCAGUAAACUCUCCCUCAUUUUUGGCCCUAGACCGCCACUCAGUUGGUUACUCUUGUGUGUUGUUAGUGUACUCGCACUAAUUGCAGUGCUGGGAUCAUCUUCUUCUCAUACAUUUGACUCUUUAACUACCACUUCAGUACCCGACAUAUAUACAAACUAUAGGAGGCUAAAGGAGCAAGCGGCGGUUGAUUAUCUGGAGCUGAGGUCUCUUUCAUUGGGGGCUAGUCGACAAAGAGAGCUUGGUCUUUGUAGCAAAGAAAGAGAAAGUCAUGUGCCUUGUUACAAUGUUUCGGCAAACCUUUUAGCUGGGUUUAAAGAUGGGGAGGAGUUUGAUCGGCAUUGUGAAGUAUCAAGAAACAGAGAACGGUGUCUAGUUCGCCCUCCUAAGGAUUAUAAGAUCCCCCUGAGGUGGCCAGCUGGUAGGGAUGUGAUAUGGAGUGGAAAUGUGAAGAUAACCAAAGACCAAUUUCUUUCGUCUGGAAUCAUGACCAAAAGGUUGAUGCUACUAGAAGAAAAACAAAUUGCCCUUCACUCUGACGAUGGUCUGAUUUUUGAUGGUGUCAAGGAUUAUUCUCUUCAAAUUGCAAAGAUGAUAGGUUUAAAAAGUGACUCUGACUUUCUUCAAGCCGGUGCCCACGUCAUAGUACAUUUCAUAGUUGAAAUCUGAAUGGAGCCUCAACGAAAAGACUUUCAAACUUUCUGAGCUCACCCUGAAAUGCCACUUAACAUCUGGAAAUUUGUCUAUCAUCCCUUCACUCAGUGUCCGACACCUAUGGUAGAAAUUCUGCUGGGAUGGAUCUGAUAGGUGGGUUAUAUCCACUUUCAAAGACUUGAGAGAGAGGAAGACGGCACCAGCUGGCAUUUGAACCAUCACUUUACUCAUAGUGAGUGCCAUAAGAUCUGGUGAAGUGUACACAAUUUCAGGUAAAAUUAGGUUUCCUCCCUUCCAAGCUGGAGCAACAUCAAUAUUUAAUUUCUUGGCAUGAUGAUCCUGUAGUGCUAUCUGGAUCAACCUCGUGAUUUCUUUAGCCCUCAUCCACUCCUCACAACCCAAACUAAACUCUUGUAAUUGUGUUGCCGCUGCUGCCGGAUGGCUAAGACGACGAUGCAUCAUGUCGCCAUCCGACGCAUUUCAGGCUGAGAAGACCUAGCAUCUAAUCGUAUUUUAGGCUGAGAAGACCUUACAUCCUGCCUUCUAUGCCAGGAUGCAAGGUCUUCUCAGCCAUCCAGCGGCAACGACAACACAAUUACGAGAGUUUAGUUUGGUUAGUGAGGAGUGGACGAGGGCUGAAGAAAUCACGAGGCUGAUCCAAAUAGCACUACAAGAUCGUCGUGCCAAGAAAUUAAAUAUUGAUGUUGCUCUAGCUUGGGAGGGAGGAAACCUAAUUUUGCCUGAAAUUGUGUACACUUCAUCAGACCUUGUGGCACUUACUAUGAGUAAAGUGAUGGUUCGGAUGACAGCUGGUGCCGUCUUCCUCUCCCUCAAGUCUUUGAAAGUGAAACACAAACAAUAAUAACCCUUCAUAGCUUCUGUAUUCGGACUCGACAUCCCAAUCCGAUGUGAGGAGAGAUUUUACGGUGGCGAGGAGAGAGGUUGCCUCCGGCGGGACGAAUGACUGCCGGUUGGGCAUUCCGGCGAGGAGAGAGAUUUCCGCCUUUGUAGACUGGUUGGGGUUUUGUAGUUCAGUUUGUUGUACUAUUGUACGUCCGAAGACUUGCAACCAAAGAUGGUCCCACCAAGAGCAAGUAAUUUCGUACUGCAGGCUUCAGGGUUCACAAGUGUGUGUUCAACCACCAAGGUUUACAAGUGUGUGUUCAACCACCAAGACGGAACAAUUGCAGGGAGGUGGAUUGUCUGCCCACCCAUUUCCAUACCUUUCCUAUCUCCUCCUGUUUGUAUGGUUACGGUUAAGUCACGUCAACAUUUUAUAUUCCUAUUACUUUUUAUCAAUAUAAAAUGUUGACGUGGCUUAACCGUGACUACACAAACAUGAAAUGAUGUGAAAAGUAUGGAAAUGGGAGGGCUGACAAUCCACCUCCUGAUUGCAGACUACGUUGAGGUAAAAAGCAUCGGAGACGAGACUAUUUGUGGGCGACAAUCACUCACUCUCUAUUUUGGCCUCCAACAUACCUACAUGCCGGCCGAACUCCAUAUACUUCACGGACGUACGAUCUAGCACCA